CAAUCUUUUCGCUUUUCGCUUCAUGUUUCUUAUCAAAAGUCGGCGCGCUCAAACAUUGUUAAAAAGGUUGUCAAGCUAAUUUUAAUGUAAAAGUCUUGAUAAACUGCACUGGCAGUAUAAAAUUCCAUCAAAAUGGACACAGAUACUUCUGAAACGGUAGAUACAGAUGGUUCAAUAGUUAGCAUUCAUGUUCGUAACUUUUUUUGUCACGAUAAUUUGGAAGUUAAUUUGAACAAAAACGUUAAUUUUAUUGUGGGUCGUAAUGGGAGUGGCAAAAGUGCGAUCUUAACUGCCUUAGUGGUGGGCUUGGGUGGAAGAGCGUCCGAUACAAACCGUGGGAGCAAUCUCCGCUCAUUUAUUAAGAAGGGUGCAAACUCAGCCACAAUUGAGAUUAAAAUAAAGAACAACAGUCCGCAAGCAUACAAACACCACAUCUAUGGUGACUACAUCACUAUUGUGAGACAUAUCAAUGCUUCAGGUGGUUCCAGUUAUAAGAUUAAGUCAGCUUCUGGUGAAAUAAUCUCAACGAAAUAUGACGAUGUGAAUGCAAUAACUCUUGCCCAUGACAUACAAGUAGACAACCCAAUAUCGGUUCUAAACCAGGAUGAUGCAAGAAGUUUCCAUGCAUCGGAUGCAAAGAAAAAAUUUGCAUUAUUUCGUAAAGCCACUAAUCUUGAAGUUACAGAAAAUAAUUAUAAAAUAGCUUUAGGAAACUGUAACAGGGCUAAAGCAGUGUCGAAGAGAAAACUUGAAGCAUGUGCGGAAUUGGAAGAAGAGUACAAGAAGAGACAGGCUCAGUUGGAUCAGUGGAAAUCUCGAGAAGAGAUCACAGCACUCUCAAAAACUCUCCAGAACGAAUUUUACUGGAGCGAAGUAGUCGAGUUAGAAAGAGAAGCAAGGAAGAUACAAGAAAAGUGUGACAAAGAGAAGGCCACUAUGGACGAACUGAGGGAGAAACUCAAUAGUAUGGAACAGAACUAUGGCAGUAACACUAGUGCUAUAGAUGAGCUGAAAAAUCUUCUGAACGAAAAAUCUGCAGAAAAAUCUACGCUUGAAGAACAGCUUCGUAAACUAGAAUCAGAGGUGAAUAGCGUACAGACUUGUAUUAGAACUUCACAAAACAACACUUCUAAAUACACUGACUCUCUGAAUAGAGAAAAAAGGAAAAUUGCGGACUUGGAGAGGGAGAUACAAAAUAUCGGUUCUGGUGAGGCGGAAUCCCGUCGCGCGGAGCUGGAGAGUACAGCGGAGCGCGCGACGCAGGCCGCGGCGGCGACGCGCGCGCGGUACGACACCGCGCAGCACGAGGCCGCGCAGGCGCGAGACCACGCCGCGCACGAACAGGCGCUGGCAGAGCAGGCCGACCAGCGCGCGCAGCGACAGCGCUCCACGCUACAACAAUUGAAGCAACAGCUACGCGAGCUAGAGUCUAGCGGCAAUGACUCGCUGGCAGUGUACGGACCCAACAUGGUGGAGCUGGUGCAGAGAGUCAACGCCGCCGCCGCCAAGGGACACUUCUCGCAGAAACCCAGGGGACCCAUCGGUGCAUAUCUAAAACUCAGAGAGAAGAAAUGGGGCGGUGCCCUGGAGCACAUCAUCGGAGGAAGCAUUCAGUCUUUCUGUGUCAACACGCCUGAUGAUAUGAGGAAACUCUUUCAAAUAAUGGAGCAGGUAUAUGGCUCCCGGCCCAAGCCGGGUGUGACGUGCAGUAAGUUCCUGAACCGCGUGCACGAUGUCCGAGGCAGGCGCGUGCACGCGGGCAACUUCCGAUCCGCGCUGGACUGGUUGGACGUGGCCGACCCCGUCAUUUCUAACUUCCUCAUUGAUAACAUCGGAUGUGAAUGUGUGCUGCUUGUACCUGAUCACGAGAAUGCAGUUAGUUUGGCGGACAAUGAGGCCAAUGUUCCGGAGAACUGCUCGAAGAUAGUGACCCUGGACUCCACGGAGUACCACCCCGCACCAAACUACCGGAGCUACGGUGGUUCCGGCAAGCAGAGUCGCUGCCUACAUCUCAGCACUGCAGAGAGGAAAAAGCAAAUGGUAAGCGACAUAAAAGAUAAAGAAGCAACGUUGCAAGAUUUGGAGUCUGAAGCCGCUGAGCGGAGCCAACAGGCGAAGCUAGCGCGGGAACAGGAGCGGGCCGCCGGGCGCAAGCUGCAGGCCUUGCUGGGGGAGCUGCACCGCGCGGACGGGGCCGCCCGCCUCGCCAGGGAGGCGCUCGGCCAACAACAAGCUCCGCAACAUGCUGUGCUCGUGGACGAGUUAAAUAUAUCAAAGGACAAGAUGGCCGCCUUGCAACGACAAGUGGACGAGCUUGCGAGCAAGGAGGCAGAGUAUCGACAGAAGUUGGACGAUUAUGACACGCGCAUGAGAAAGCUUAAGAAACAGCUUGGAGAAGUCAAUGCUACUUGUAGAAGUACUAGGGAAGAGAUAGACACGGAGCAGAUAAAGAUGGACCAAGGCGUGAUGAAGAGGAAGUCGUUCGAGCACCAUCUGCGUGAAGGCAACAUCAAGAUGACGCAAGUAGCAGUCAUCCUCGAGGAGAAACACGCAAUCAUUAAAAAGAAAAUUGAAAUUGCUGAACGACUCUGUCCCAGGAUGCCAAAUCCUAGGGACAAAUUAACAGUGACGAAUCAGUUGAAGAAAUUAGAGGUGAAACUGAAGUCUAUACGGAGUGAUGCGGACGGACUGAGCGAGGCAGAAGUGACGGAGCGACUGGUCGACGUCAAGCGAAAGUACCAGCAGACCAGCAACGCCUUGAAACAUUUGAAGGAACUUCUUGACGUGUUAAACCCGACAACAGAUCACCAUUUGAGAGACUGUGUGAAACGGCAGACCAGCGUCGUGAGGACAGUGGAACAUAUUUUUCAAGCAAUCCUUCUUGUUAGAGGGUACAGGGGUCACCUGGUAGUGGACCUGUCCCGCCACACGCUCGAGAUCCUGUGCUCGGGCCGCGAGGGCAACAACCGCGCGGCGUCGAGCACGUCCUCGCUGUCCGGCGGCGAGCGCUCCUACUCCACCGUCGCCUUCAUCAUGGCGCUCUGGGAGUGCGUCAGCUUACCCUUCUGUUUUAUGGACGAGUUCGAUGUUUUUAUGGAUAAUGUGAACAGGAAGGCAGUAAUGGAGAUGUUGAUUGAUCACGCAUUGAAGAAUACUAAGCGGCAGUACGUGUUCCUAACCCCACAGGACACAUCCAGUGUUACCUCCGGACCAAAGAUUAGCAUACAUUUAAUGGCAGACCCACGCCCUUAGCAAGUAAGAAUUUUAUACGUAAUCCGAUGGAGAUUUUUGAUUGAUUUUUUUACCUUUGUUACAUUAAGGAAUUGUUAUUUGAUUUUAAUGUUUGAGUACUUUUAAGAUACUCGAUUUGUAUAAUUUUUUAAGAAAAAUACUGUUUAACAGUGAACGGAAAUAAAAACAUUUUCAAAUAAAUAAUCAACACCAUUUAUUUAUUAAUACUAUUUCGCCUUGAAUUGACUGUAUAUACAAAAUGUGAUUGAUGCAGUAUUGCACUAAUUACAUCUGAUUUACUUUUAUUAUCCAUGACAUGAGAUCACAUGCGAUGAAGUCCGGCAAACAAUAUUGUAGUUCCAUUUACAAUUAGGUACCUUUUAUAUUACUUCAAUAAAUUGAUAUAAAAAUAACUUAUAUCUAAAAAUUCUAAUCAUUUUCUACUAAGGAUAUAAUUUUUUAAAUUAUUCUCAUAUAAAGUAACAAAUCUAAGUCUUAUUUAUAAGGCCAGCAUUGCCUUAGUGGAUAAGCGUAAUCGUUCAACUUAUUUCUACAUUGAAUUUUCUAAAACGAACAAUACCCGGUUCUAUUGGAGUUAGGUACACUGUACAUCGUUACACAUUAAAAUACAAUAAAUCCAUAUAAUAUGGUGAAUACAAUUUGUACAACAGAUUUCUUAUGUGUUAGGGUCGUCGAGUGAAGUGAAAGAAAGUAAGUAAGGGCAGAGGACAGUCUUAAUUUUGAGAAAACAUGUUCCAUUAUUGUCGAUGUCGAAUAUCAAGUCGCUAAGAUUAAGUAAUUGUUUUAUGUGGAUAAACUGAGAUAGAAUAAUGCAAAUAUACUAUUUUGAGACAUGCAGGUAUGCUUUGAUUGCCGAACAAUCGACUAAUAAUCGAACAUUGAAAAGUUUUAUCCAUCACUCGAAAGUUUAUUUGGCUAAAAAGAAAAGCAAAGUGAAUUAUACAAAUCGGACACUUAUGUAACAUCUAAAAGUGGUGUAUAAUGAUAAUAAUUAUUUAUGUAGUUAAUCACUACUGCAAUAAAGUACAUGUGGGCCUGAUACACAUCAAAAUUGGCCAUAAACACAAAAACGUAUAUUGGGCACAAUAUUGUUCAUGGUGGUGCAGUGCGAAAUAUAAUACACGUAUAAUACGCGAAUCAUUUCCGAUAUAUAUAUAAAGCAUUUUUUCCUACUUAAUGUCUAAGAGUAAGCUGUUUCGAGAGUUAGAAUUUCAUGCAUUCAGUUCAUUGGAUAGUGUUCCACAUACUCACGGGCAGUUUACACAAUUCUACGCCAUUUCUAAGUGUGCCAAAUGAAACGAUGCAAGGGAAACAAGUCUUUGGUUAAAAUACGCCGCGAUAUAGUUUUUACAUACAAUAAGAAUUUAUAUCAAUAUUAAAUAAACAGUUGACUCAAAGCUCUAGUUAUCAGUCUCUAGAACGUUUUGCGUUCUUUUAUCAUCAAUUAGAAGAAAUAAAUUACGAAUUUUAUCAAUUUAUAUACAAAACGUUGAGAAAAUCAAGGACUUAAGUAUACAUCUAAUUCACUAGUAAGUGGGAACAGUUUUUAAACAUAUAUUAUGUAUAAGUUAUUGAAAUUUGAUUUGGAUACUAAAGAUAAUAAUUACGAUAUAAAAAAACAACGAAAAUGAUUGUUUCGGUAACUCGUGAGUGUGUAAUGCACAA